AUGCCCCCUACCCCCAUCACAUUCUCCUUUCACGCCGACUCGAGCGUCGGCGGCAGCGUCAAGGGCGGGUCGCGCAUCUUCACCGUCCAGAUCAAGACCCCAGCUCCCUCUUUGCCCGAACCCACCAAACACGCCAACCCAGCCCCGCUCUCCGCCUCCAAGAAGCGCAAGGCAGCUCCCCCCAUCCCCGCACCCACCUCUGAGCACCUCAGCAGCGUCAUGACCCCGCUCAACGUCACCAUCGUCGCUCGCUGCCUCGCCGCACGCCACACGGCUCCCUCCCCACCCGCGUCCACCAAGAAGCGUUCGGGCAACCACACCCCGGCCGCUUCUCCCACCCCUCCCUCUGGGCCUGCCGUGCACCCAUACUCGCGUACCAGCGACCUCGCCAACACGCGCUCCACCAUCCCCUCGCCCCAAGAGCUCGCGCGUGCAGAGCGUGCAGAGGAGGAAAAGGCCCGCCAGAAGAAGGAGAAUGCGGCCGCCGCCCGUGCCGCUGCUGCCCUCGCCCGUCGCCGCAAGGCCCUCCGCUCUGGCCGUGGUGCGUCCCGCAUGCCCUCGGCGUCCGUCACUCCGGCCUCCAUGAUCCCCCCCGUUCAGCGUGCGGUUGCCGCCCAGCGCGCCCGCUCGGCCGAGGCCGCAGCCAAGGAGGCGCAGGCUGCUGAAAAGGUGCUCGUGGGCAUGGCCGUCACCGCCGAGCCAGAGGAUGACGGCAGUGACACCGGUCUCCCAUCUCGCAGCCUCAAGCGCACACGCUCGUCGGGCUUGCUCAACAUUACCACCAAUGGCUCGGGCUCGGGGUCGGUCAGUGCUGCUUCCCCGCUCCGCACGGUCACCACCACCACCACCACCGGCGACGGCGGUGGUGCUGGUGCUGGUGACGACGGUGACAAGGACGCUGUCGACUCCAAGGACGCACUCCCAGACACUGCCCAGCGCUCCCCUCCGUCUGACAGCUCGGAUGCGCCUGCUCGCAAGCGCUCUCGUCUUGCCGAAUCGCUGCCGGCUCGUGUGCCCUCGUCGCGGCGCGCAAACUCUGCCUCCCCCACGGGCUCGGCGUCUUCGCUCCCUGAACAGACGACCCCUCGCAAGACUGCUGCUCUUGGUGCCGACGCGCCCGACGCGCCCAUCUCGCCCACCGACUCGACCACCAUGCGCCGUGUCGUCUCUGCGACCGAUACGGCCGGCCUCCGCCGUGGAGGUGUCCCUCGCAACGCCUCGGUCGGCCCAGACUCGCUCCGUGAGCGGUCUCGCCGCGAGGUCCAGUUGCCCGCGCGGCUGCGCGACUAG